AUGUGUCACUUAUGUUGUUCACUUUGGUCGCUCAGGAGAUCUGGUCAGCCAUUUGCAGGAAGCAGGGCGUGCAGGCCGUGAUGGCAAGUCUCAGGCUCACAAUGUCAUAGUGUAUCUUGGGAAACAUAAGGCACUGUGUGACAAUGACAUGAAAACUGUCCUUAAGUCCGAGGAGUGUGUAAGGAAGCUGCUUCUCUCCCCUUUGAUGAUGACUCUCAUGUAAGCCCGAAGCACAGAUGUUGCAAUCGCUGCCACAGUGAAUGUGAUUGUGGCAUAGACAGUGGUUGUGCAGAGCCUCUGCCUGUUUUUGACCAGCCGCCUGCAGUAAAAAAUCACACUGGUCCAGUAAGAGUUGUCACAGAUCAAGACAGGGAAUGUCUUCGUCCUGCAAUGUUUGAAAUAAAAAACAAUCUCAAAGUACAAACCAGAGUCUCACUGUUUGAUAAAAGUGGGACAAUAUCACAUGGAUUCUCGAAAGAAGUUAUUGAAACCAUAGUUUCCAACUGGGAGAAGUUGUUCACCACUGUGGACAUAUUCCAGAUGUGUUUUGUGCCAUCUCCCCAAGUUUGUGCAAUCAUCUUGGAUAUCUUGAAUGAGGUCUUUAGCGAUAUCGACCAAAAUGACAUUCAACAUCAAGCAUCUGAAGUAGCAGAAUUCAUGGUAUCUCAUUUGCUUAGAUAA